AUGGUGGCUGCUGGCGCUAAGAAGGAGGAACUGGACGGAGAGGACACAAGAAUUCUGCGAAUCGAAAGCGUGCACUCGGAAGCGUGGAGUGUGUAUGAACGCUGGGCUGCUUCACUUGGCGAGGUUAGUCCACUGAUGAUAGCCCAUUCUUCGCCACCAGCGGACAUACGAGGCACCAGCAGGUGCCCUCCUCGUGAGAUCGCCAUUGAGCUUCAGUUUGAAGCAACGAGCAUUAUUAACCACCUCGCGGAUGGCAUUCCGGCAGGUCCCGUUGAACCUCUUCCGGGUCCAGAGGCUAUGAUCAACGUCCGAAACCCGAAAAUUGCAGUCACUGCGUUGAUAAGCGCGAUCUGCUGCCCUGGGCCAACCUUCCCGGUGAUCAACGGGUUGGAAUUAGGUCAGUACAUUUGCCACGUCCAGUACGUUUGGAGAGGUGUGCUUGUCACCGUGCCGGUCUUUCGGUGGGAUCUAAGGGAAUUCACUCCCAGGCCUAAGUUUGAGCAGCUUGCAUCGGAUGGAAUAUUGUUUUGCGCGGGGUUUACAUGUAACUCAUACACUUUUCAGUUUUCAUGUAAAUCGUCUGGUACUUCUAACUAG